AUGGCCGUCGUUCUCUCCUCCGAGGACAGCGGCUUCUUUUCCCAGUCACCACUGAAGCGAUCGCAUUCACAGCCAAACUUUGGCAAGCAGUCAUCGGGCCUGCAUACCUCUGCCUCAUCCACAAGGAUCAAUACUGCCUAUCAAGGCAGAUAUCACUCCUACCAUAUCUCUCCGCCCAGCUCGGAACCAUCGUCCGUUGCCUCGUCACCCCAGACGAUACAUGCUGACUCUGUGACUCCAUCCGACCUGUCCACUCCAGCAACUAUUCUGUCUCUUGACAGCCACUGGGAUAACGACGAACAUCUUGAACAUACCCCCGACAUCAUUCUGCCAGAAUACGACGAGAAUCCCUUCUUCGCUCCUGUCGAGGAUCUGGAGCCGCCCGCCAGCCCUCACACUGGCGACUCUUACUCUGUCUCGCCUGCUGAGAACGAUGAUACGCCUACUACUCUUUCUCGCCCCGAAUCCCCUGUACCACUUGAGCAUGCAGAAGAUGACACGGCCCUGAGGCAUCACCCUACUCACCAUGUAGACUACUUGUCACACGACUGGAAAGAGGAGGACAUCUGGUCAUCAUGGCGCUACAUCAUCUCGAGGAGGAACGAUUUUACCAAUGCCUCUCGAUUAGAAAAUGCCUCUUGGAGAACUUGGAUGAAGUCAAAGUACAGGUUAAAAACAGUUUCUCCCGAAACUUUAAAUUGGCUCAAGGACUGUGACGUAACUUGGUUGUACGGCCCCUUGCAGACAAGACAAAAGAAACUGUUCGCGGCCGACACACGACAGAACAGCUCGUCAAUAUCCAGAAAUGACUCUUUUGUUCAAAAGAAGCCCAUCUUGAAGAAGAGGAGCGUGUCAGAGGUUAUGCUACAAAAGUCUAUUUCGUCGUCUUCACUUUUAAAACAAGCCACAGCUGCCGUUCAGGCACAACAGCAAGACCUUGGACACGGAGUCCAUGGAGUUCGGAUAUCUCGGCCGAUUUUGCAGCGGGCUACAACAGAUUACAUUACGUUUCCAUUCUCUUCUCGAAGAGCCAGUCACGGUGAUAACAGCCUUGCCCCCUCCAACGACACAUCCGGCCUCGUGUCACCGUCAACGGAGCGAAAGCAUAUUCACUUCUCAGAGUCGGUUCAACAAUGUAUUGCGGUAGAUGUUAAAGGAGAAGAGGAGGACGAAGACGAGCCAGAAAUCGAGUACUGGAACAACGAUUAUGACAGCGACUCAUCUGACGAUGGUGUUUUCAUGAUGAAGACCAGCACCAAGAAGAAGCCGACGAGACCCCGACCCAAGCCAAGGGUCAGUAGCACCAGCGAGAGCAAGACUAUAGCAAUGUUGCCGUCGACUACACUUAAGUAUCGCGAGGACACACCAGAGCCACAAGAGACUGCCAUGAAGCAUAGCACUAUCCGCAGCCCUCCGUUCAUCUCACCCUCAUCCUCCCAGGAGACUCUUCGCCCAGCAAAGCAAUCUGGCCGUUUUUUCAUCGAGGACGACGAAGUAUCUGCGAUUGAGGAGAGAACUACUACACCAGUGUCCAGCCCGAGCGAUCAAGUCCCGCAAUCGGGUCUGCAGCGGUCAUCUUCGUAUGGAAACCUGGCAAAUGGACCAGCGGGUAUGCGUCGGACUGAAUCUGGCAUGCUCAUGCCGUAUGAAGAAGGGGACGGACAAGAAAAUGCAGGCAUUAUUGGCCGUGUUGUUGACACAGUCAACACCGCUCGUGACAUUGCUCACGUCAUAUGGAACGUCGGCUGGCGUCGAUAA